AUGCCUUGCACGUCGGCCUUUCUGGCCACUCUGGGCGUUCUUUGCACAGCUGGCUACACAAACGCCCAAGCACCCGCCGGUGCACCGUCCCUGUCACUGUUCCCAUCGCCAUGGGGCCAGGGAAGCGGUGACGGUUGGGACGCGGCAUACGCGCAGGCGCGUGCCUUUGUGAGCAACCUGACACUCGUCGAGAAGGUCAACCUGACGACCGGCACGGGCUGGGAGUUUGACCGGUGCAUCGGUAACACGGGGUCGGUUCCACGACUGGGCUUCCGAUCGAUGUGCCUACAAGACGGGACAGUUACCGUCAGAUACAGUAUGUGA